UCUUCUUUAAGUUAAUUUUAAUUCUAUCUUCAUUUUCUUCAAUUCAAUUCUCACUUUCAGUUAGCCUACUCAGUUCUUAACAACCAACAAUGGCUUCUUCUUCUACUUCUUUGAUCUUUCUUCUAAAUGCUCUUUUAUUGGUUUCUUUCUUUCAGUUCUCUGUAGCUACUGGAAGGAAACUCAAUGAGUUAGUACAAGAACAGCCUAGUGUACCAUUAAAAUACCACAAAGGAGCUCUUCUUUCUGGGAAGAUUUCUGUUAAUUUGAUCUGGUAUGGUAAUUUCAAACCUGCCCAGAGAGCUAUCAUCUCUGAUUUCUUCAAUUCGAUUCAUUCAACUACUACCCAAUCAAAGAAGACACUCAAUGAACCAUCAGUUUCUACAUGGUGGAAGAAAACGGAGAAAUACUAUCAUCUACCAACUUCUACGAGGAAACCCACUUCUUUGGUUUUGAAAUUAGGGAGACAAAUCUUUGAUAAGAAAUACUCAUUGGGUAAAUCUCUUAGCAAUAAGAAAAUCGUUAGAUUAGCAUCCAGAGGGGAACAGAGUAAUGCAAUCAAUGUUGUUUUGACUUCUGCUGAUGUUGAUGUUGAUGGGUUCUGUUCAAGUAGAUGUGGUACUCAUGGUUCUUCAAUCUCUGCUUCAAAGAAAUCCAAAUUUGCAUACAUUUGGGUUGGAAACUCAGAGAGUCAGUGUCCUGGUCAAUGCGCUUGGCCUUUCCACCAACCGAUUUAUGGACCACAAGGCUCACCAUUAGUUGCACCAAACAAUGAUGUUGGUGUUGAUGGAAUGGUGAUAAAUCUUGCCAGUUUGUUUGCCGGAACAGCGACAAAUCCUUUCGGAAAUGGUUAUUACCAAGGACCGGCUGAAGCACCUUUAGAAGUUUCAUCAGCUUGUACUGGAAUUUAUGGGGCAGGAGCCUACCCUGGUUAUCCAGGAAAUCUGCUUGUUGAUUCGAGUACUGGUUCGAGUUAUAAUGCAAAUGGUGCUAAUGGAAGGAGAUUCUUGUUGCCGGCAUUGUUUGAUCCUGCUACCUCUACUUGCUCUACUUUGGUUUAAAACCAAGCAGAGAUAUGAAGCAUGAAAUGUUUGUAUAUAGCCUAUAGGGUCCCGGAGGUUAAUGUUCAUUAUAUAUAAUGGUUAUGUUAAUGUAGUGCU